AACAUGGAAGACUCCCUGGACUACACAUGGGAUCUCUUCUCUGAUCCAGGUUUGUUCAACAUGACGGCUGCUAACACAAGCUCUGUUUUGACGGCCAUCGUGUCGCCGUUGAUGGAUAAAACCAUCAACCUGCUUUUGAUAAUCGUCGUUUUCAUCACCAUGGUUUCACUGGGAUGCACCAUGGAGGUGUCCAAGAUCAAGAGACACAUAGUGAAACCUAAAGGGGUGGCCAUAGCAGUGCUGGCACAGUAUGGGGUCAUGCCUCUUACAGCAUUUUGCCUAGCUAAGGCGUUCCAGCUGGAGGAAAUGACGGCGGUGGUGAUUCUGAUCUGUGGCUGCUGUCCUGGAGGAAGCCUCUCCAACCUCCUGGCUCUGGCUCUGAAGGGAGACAUGAACCUCAGCAUUGUGAUGACGUCCUGCUCCACGUUCCUGGCUUUAGGCAUGAUGCCUCUGCUGCUCUUCCUCUACUGUCAGGGCUUCAACCUGCAGAACUCCGUGCCCUACGUUGAAAUCACCAUAUCGCUGGUCAUGAUCCUCGUACCCUGCGGCAUCGGCAUCCUCAUCAACUACUACAGGCCGCAGUACGCCAAGACCAUCACAAAGGUGGGCAUCACUUUCAUGAUGAUUGCUGUGCUGGGUAUCGGCAUCAUUUCCAGCUUUGCGAUCGGAGGUUCAAUCCUGACGGUGCUGUCUCCUCCCCUCAUGGCCAUCAGCGCUCUCAUGCCCCUCAUAGGCUACGCCUUCGGAUACAUCAUCUCCUGGCUCUUCGGACUCAACCAAUCGGAGAGGAGGACUGUCGCUAUGGAAACAGGCUGUCAGAACAUCCAGCUGUGCUCCACCAUCCUGAAGCUGGCCUUUCCCCCGGAGCUGGUCGGCCCUCUGUUCCUGUUCCCCAUGGUCUACGCGUCCCUACAGCUGAUGGAGGCGGCGGUGCUCAUCGUGCUGUUCAGGUUACACCUAAGAUUCACGUUCAAAGAGAAAGAGAAGUACCAGCCAGCCAUGACUGAGGAGAAGUCAAAAGAGGCCUCUGAGGGGACUGUAUGA